AUGGCUACCCCAGCACUACCCUCUCACCCUGGCCCCGACCAUCUCGUUACUAUCAAGGUGCUUUUUAACGAUAGCAACCGUCGCUUCAAGCUUCCUCUGAAGGACUUGCGAGCCCAGGUGCUGCCAGAGAAGCUUCGCACUCUUCUCGGUAUUCCAGCGGAUGUCAACGUCAUCCUCGAACGCUAUUCCGACAGCGCCGGCUCCUACAUGCGUCUCGACUCUGACAACUUCGCGGUCUACAAACAACUCUACAGAGCUGCCAAAGCCAAAUCAAAGCUUCGGAUCAAGGCUACUACCGUCGAUUCAUCGGCGUCUGCCUUGGUUUCGACUCAGCCUCCCACCGACGAGUUGUUCCCCACCAGACACAGCUAUCUCGAGACUGUUCUUAGUUCCCCAAUUCCUGUUGCCCAGCCUGAGACUCUCCCAACUACAUCCGAAACUACUCUCCCUUCAACUCUCACAACCCCUUCUAUCACCCUAGCCUCUGAUCCACCCCGUUACCGAGACUUCGAUAUGGAGCAGGAAAAACUUCGUUUCCCGGUUAUCUCUCACAACUCUCCCAGUGUAUUUGCGAGUACGGAGACUAUGAUCUGUGCCCCCCAGUGUGUUGAUGCUGGUGCAUCUUGCCGCGGAGAAGGUCACUGGUUGAUCAAGAGGGUGGUUGACGGCGGUCUCGUCACUAACAGCACCACCGAGAAAAUCCCUCCUCGCCAACAAUCUGCCCAAGGAGUGAAGUCUGUCGCACCCGUCGCACCUCUCCCUAGCAAGCUCGUCCCUGAGAUGGCGGGUCCUCCCAUUCCUAUUGUUACUGCCCCCGCCCCUAUUGUCGCUUCUCCAAAUACCACUCGCUCUGAUCUCGCUGCCGCGAGUGAGGAGAGGCCAAUUUGCAAUGGAUGCUGCCGUGAAAACGACGACAUCAACCUUGUCCGUUGCAUGGACUGUGAAGACUAUGAUCUGUGCCUCCGCUGCCUGCUGGGUAACAAGCAUGGUCACCAUCCCGCACACACUUUCGCUCCCGGAAUUGACCGCAAUUACACUCUUAAGAACAUGAUCAUAGCUCGCUGUCUUCCAGGUCGUCAGUUCAAGCAUGCUGCCAUUUGUGAUGGCUGUGACAAACGCAUUGUUGGCACCCGCCACAAGUGUCUGAGCUGCCCAGACUGGGACUAUUGCACUGCUUGUGUCUCUCUUGCCAAGGAGUCUCACCCUGGCCACCGAUUCGCUCCUAUCUAUGAAGCUAUCGCCGACCAGUUGGCCCAUGAGAUGGACAUUCACUAUGGUAUUUUCUGUGACGGCCCCCUGUGCAAGAAUAAGCCUGCCCAAAGCUACAUUAAGGGCAUUCGCUACAAGUGUGCUGUUUGCGAUGACGUUGAUUUCUGCGCGAACUGUGAGGCCUUCCCAACUAAUGCUCACAAUCAUACCCACCCCUUGGUCAAGUUCAGGACUCCCAUCCGCUCUGUCACUGUGAAUACAGUGACCGAAGAUCUCCCUACUGGAAUCUUCCACCUGGGCGACCAGGUUGAUCUUCCUUCUGAGACCCCUACCAAGGUUGAAAAGCCAGUUGAGAUGUUCGCAAGCAAAGUGGAAAAGACCGAGCCAACUCCCGAGCCUACUCCCGAGGCUGCUCCUGAGCCCUCUAUCAAUGAAGUUCCAGCUCCCGCUUACAAGAAGGCCUACGAAGAAGGUUCCGUGGACUCGGAAAGUUACCAGGCCUACUUCCUUCGCGAUACCAUCUCGGAUGGCACCAAGUUGCCUCCCGAUACCACUUUCCGCCAGACAUGGACGCUUUACAACCCAGGACCUAAUUCCUGGCCCGUUGGUUGCGAUGUCCGCUUUGUUGGUGGAGACACCAUGUUCAAUGUCGAUGGAAGCCACCCUUCCAGCAUCGAUGCGAUCCGCUCUGCGAUGGAAAGCAAUAAGCUGACCGCUCCUCUGGAGCCUGGUUCGAGCACUGACUUCAGUGUGACCCUCCGAACUCCCCAGCGCGAGGGUACUGCUAUUUCGUACUGGCGACUGAAUUUGCCUAACGGUAUGGCGAUCGGUCACCGAUUGUGGUGUGACAUUCAGGUGCAGGCAACUUGCGUCCCCGCAGUUGUCCCAGAGUCUGAUGAGCAGGAAAAGUCCAUCAAGUCUGAGACCGAGUCGCCUGCAUCCACUACUACUGAGAUGACCAGCAGUGGCAUGGUCUUCCCCAAGUUGGAGAAAGAGUCACCCGAGGCUAGCGCCCAUGAGGCCAUGGCCCCAACUCACAAUGCCCCAAGUCUGUCCACCGCCUCUGAGGGCGACGCGCUUGAUGAUUUGGAGAGCUUGACCCUGGAGGAUGCUUCCACCGAUGCGGGCUUCCUCACUGACGAGGAGUACGACGUUCUAGAUGCUAGUGAUCAAGAGUUCCUUGAGGCCAAGCAGUCGAUUCACUAG